AUGACAAUGCCAAAGGAUAACCCAUACCUUGCCCACCGACAUCCCACUGAACGAGCUACUUUGAGCGCAAGCACUCUCAAUGGCGCCAGCCCCUCCUCGAGAGAGCCUCUCUAUGGUUUUGUACCCCGGAUGGUCAAUGCAGAUCAAGUCCGUCAGGCAUUGGAACAUGAUUUAAACCCUUUCACAAAGCAGCCUCAUACUGCACAAUACAAAAAGAUAUUGGAAGCUCGUAAAAAGCUUCCUGUGUUUGCACAGAUGACUGAGUUCUACAAAAUAUUCAACAAACACCAAAUCAUUGUUAUGGUCGGCGAGACCGGCUCAGGCAAGACCACGCAAAUACCCCAGUUCGUCACCUACUCUGAUCUUCCGCAUACCAAGAACAAAAUGGUGGCAUGUACCCAGCCCCGCAGAGUCGCUGCCAUGUCUGUGGCCAAGCGUGUAGCGGAUGAGAUGGACGUUUCACUCGGUCGACAGGUCGGUUAUUCAAUACGUUUCGAAGAUAUGACCGAACCCGGUACCACCUUUCUUAAAUACAUGACCGAUGGAAUGCUCCUCCGUGAAGCCAUGAACGACCCUGAUCUCAACCGCUACUCUACUAUCAUCCUCGACGAAGCCCACGAACGUACCCUCGCUACCGACAUCCUCAUGGGUAUCCUCAAAACCCUUGCCCAACGUCGUUCAGACCUCAAACUCAUCAUCAUGUCUGCCACUCUAGAUGCUCUGAAGUUUCAGAAGUACUUCGCUGUCUCUGGCGGCACCCCCGCCCCGCUUUUUAAGGUGCCAGGUCGUACCCACCCCGUCGAAGUGUUCUACACUCAGGAGCCGGAGCCAGACUAUGUCGAGGCUGCCAUCCGCACGGUGCUCAUGAUCCAUCGCGCUGAGGAGCCAGGUGAUAUCCUAUUGUUCCUGACGGGUGAGGAGGAGAUAGAGGAUGCGUGUCGGAAAAUCAAGGCCGAGGCGGAUGACCUAAUCAACUCUGACCCCGAGUCUGUAGGCCCCAUCAUGUGCAUCCCACUGUACUCGUCACUACCGCCGCAACAACAGCAACGCAUCUUUGACCCGCCACCAAAAGCAGGCAGUCCGGACGGCCCCCCAGGACGCAAGGUUGUAAUCAGCACCAACAUUGCGGAGACGUCGCUGACGAUCGAUGGGAUCGUGUACGUCGUCGACCCAGGAUUUUCCAAGCAAAAAGUGUAUAACCCACGCAUCCGUGUGGAGAGCUUACUCGUGAGUCCGAUCUCCAAGGCGUCAGCACAGCAGCGUGCAGGCCGGGCCGGGAGAACGAGACCAGGCAAAUGCUUUAGGUUGUACACGGAGAAGGACUUCAUGUCGGAGCUCGAGGAACAGACGCACCCAGAAAUUUUGAGGAGUAAUUUGGCGAAUACGGUGCUGGAACUUGUUAAGGCGGGGAUCAAGGAUCUUGUCAAGUUUGAUUACGUGGAUGCCCCGGCGCCAGAGACGCUAAUGAGAGCACUGGAGCUGUUGAAUUACCUCGCUGCGUUGGAUGAUGAUGGAAACCUAACGGCAUUGGGGAGUAUCAUGGCUGAAUUCCCUUUGGAUCCACAGGUAGGCGAUUGUUUUGUACCAAAUGUAUGGCUGCGGCCGAAUAACCAGCGAAAAGAAGCAGAUGCUGCAAAGGCGCUGCUUACCGUCCCUGAUGGUGAUCAUCUCACACUUCUCAACGUAUACAAUAAUUACAUUCAAAAUCAAUACGACAAAAACUGGACCUGGAACAACUACCUCUCCGCUCGGGCGCUGAUGCAAGCAGACAACGUACGUGAGCAGCUGAAACGGACGAUGGAGCGGUUUGAGGUGGAGCUCGUCAGCGUGCAAGAUCAGAAGAAGAUGUUUAUGGCGAUUAGGCAGGCGUUGUGUUGUGGGUUUUUCAUGCAAGUUGCGCAUAAAGAAGGAGGAGAGAAGGGGAAUUAUGUGACUGUGAAAGAUAACCAGGUCGUGGCACUGCAUCCAUCAUGCGGGCUGGACACGCAGCCGGAGUGGGUGAUUUUCAAUGAAUUCGUGCUCACGACGAGACCUUAUGUACGGACUGUUACGGAUGUGCGACCAGAAUGGCUCCUCGAAUAUGCGCCUUCGUAUUUUGAUUUAAACAAUUGGCCAGACAGCGAGGCGAAGCGCGCGUUGCUGAGGACUGGGAAAAAGCAGGCGGGAAAGUUCGGAAUGCGGUUUAACCAGGCGGAUAUGUCAAAAGAGGGAGUAGCUUCGGCGAAGAAGAGAAAGGGGAAUAAACAGCAAGGGUAGGACAGGUACUACGUCAGGGUUCGCUUUCGUAUGUUAUGCGUACUCUUCUUUUGUUAUUUCCUCGAUCUAGAAUGUAUGUGUUAUCUCUAGCUAUAUAGUGACUUGAGGGCUAUAAUCCUCCCCAGUAUAACACUCCAAUCAU